AGUGAGGUAGGAAGUGAAAGAAGUCACACUCAUGACAUCACCCAACUGCAACUGAAAUGUGGUCUGUUGAGUUCAGUGCAUGAUUCACAGCACGACAGUCUUGAUACUGUGCUUUCUAAUCGAGCUCCAGUAACGGACAGAAAGCGAUGUUGAUUUCACUUUAAGACUAGCAGUAGCUAUUGCUGUAGAUUUCGAAAUCGCCAUUGUUGCAUUCAGCCGAGCGAUGUGGAGUGGAGAUUGGGCUUUCGGUUUGAAAGAGCUAUCUAUGUGAAAUACAUCGCGCUGCGGAGCUGUUGAGUCUUGGAGGUUUUUUUAUUUCAAUCUAUUGUUAUCAGUGAUGAUAUAGAGGCAGUAACAGCACGGUGCGUCUGAUACACCUGGGAUUUCAAGACCAGCCAGAGUCAGCAAAGCUCAUUUUCGAAUUUCAGGCUGUGGAAUAUAUAAUUCCUGAAAGAUCAAUUUAUUUUUUGCAGUAAAUAAUAAACCAAGGCAUUCCAGGGGGUUUUAUUUCAUGGGGAUGUGUUCAAGGCAAGAGAGAAUACAAAAAGACGUCGACAUCGUAAUUCAAAGGUGCAAGGCAGAGAAAGACUGCCUGUUUUCUGAUUUCCGAUUCACGGACGCCACGUUCACAUUCACUUAUUCCAAGGGAUCUAAAAGGGUGUCCUAUUCUGUGCACGUCUCGGAAGAUUAUCCAGACAACACCUACGUGUCUAAUUCCGAAAAUGACGAUGACGUCUUAGUUACGAGAGAUCCUAUUCCUGUCAUUUUCCACAGAGUAUCAACAGAAAUUAGAAUAAACAAUGAUGCCACCAGCUGCCUGUCCAUCAAAUCAAAGCUUCAUAUUGAUAAAAACCAGUGUCAUUCCACCAUAGAGGAGGAUUCGGAAGGGGACAAUGACUCCGAGGAGUUCUAUUAUGGUGGGCAGGUGAACUACGACGGGGAGCUCCACAAGCACGCGCAGCUGGAGGCCGACCUGGCAGCAGUGCGGGAGUUGUAUGGACCUCACGCAGUAUCUCUCAGGGAAUACGGUGCAAUCGAUGAUGUUGAUAUUGAUUUACACAUCGAUGUCAGUUUCCUGGACGAGGAAAUAGCUCACGCAUGGGAUGUGAUCAGGAGGGAGCCGGUCAUUAUACGUCUGCACUGUUCGCUCACACAAUACCUGAACGGACCAGUACCAACAGUCGAUGUGUUCCAAGUGUCUACCAAAGACCGGUUUGGGCUUGGGCAUCAGCUGAAAAAGAUCAUGCAGACAUUUGUCACGCAGCAAUGGAAACAGAGUAAAGAGAAACUCAACUGCGCUUACAGCAAAAAACAGUCGGAUAAGAAGGUGAAAUCUCCACUGCACAUCUUUUCAACGCUUCGCAGAUCCCCGAGUUACCCUCCUCCCGGAUGUGGAAAGAGCAAAAAGAAGUUGAAGCCGGAGCAGGACGGCGUGUCCAAGUCCCAUAAACUUUUGCGCAGGACUUGUUCCAGCACGGUUAAGGUCGAUGACGGCUGCGCCAACAAGCCCCACAAGAUCCUGGGCCGCUCCCUGUCCAGCGACCCUCGGGCGGAGCAGGCCCUGUCCCUAAAACCCCACAAACUGCUGACCCGGCCCUGCCCGGCCUCUGUCAAGCCCGACGACUGUGCCUCUCUGAAGCCCCACAAGCUCCUGCCCCGCGCGUGCGACCACAGCGGGGGUGGCGGCGGGGGCGGCUCCCUGAAGCCCCACCGCCUUCUGAGCCGCUCCUGUUCCGGAACCAUCCGGACCGAGGAGCUGGACGGCCUCAAGCACCACAAGCUGCUGAGCAGGUCCUACUCCAGCAGCACCAAGCUGGGCAAGGCGGACCUCUUCAAGGAGCCCGCCUCCGAGGGCCGACGCCUCUCUCUAACCUCAGGGCUUAUCGGGAUCCUUGCCCCAUCGCUGUCUGCCCCGCCCAUGGUAAUCCAGCCGCCAAACAGUGGUGCAAAGUCAACACCAGUAAGAGAUCGAGGCUUCCUUGUCCAGACCAUGGAGUACGCAGAGCAGAGGAUUCCGGUCCUUAACGAGUACUGCGUGGUCUGUGACGAACCUCACGUGUUCCAGAAUGGCCCGAUGUUGCGACCCACCGUUUGUGAGCGGGAGCUGUGUGUGUUUGCCUUCCAAACGCUCGGCGUCAUGAACGAGGCCGCAGACGAGAUCGCCACAGGGGCCCAGGUGGUGGAUUUGUUGGUCUCCAUGUGCCGAUCUGCUCUGGAGUCGCCAAGGAAAGUCAUGAUUUUUGAGCCAUAUCCUUCUGUGGUGGAUCCAAAUGAUUCUAAGGCACUGGCCUUUAAUCCACGGAAAAAGGACUAUGAUCGUGUUAUGAGAGCCCUUGACAGCCUUACAUCUAUCAGAGAAAUGACCCAGGCACCCUACUUGGAAAUUAAGAAACAGAUGGACAAGCAUGACCCGUUAGCUCACCCCUUGCUGCAGUGGGUGAUAUCCAGCAACAGGUCACAUAUAGUUAAAUUACCAGUAACCAGACAACUGAAGUUCAUGCACACACCGCACCAAUUCCUCCUCCUCUGCAGCCCGCCUGCCAAAGAAUCCAACUUCAGAGGAGCCAAAAGCCUCUUUGGAAGCACCUUUGCAUUUCAUGGUUCUCACAUAGAGAAUUGGCACUCCAUCCUGAGAAACGGCCUGGUUGUUGCAUCGAACACGAGACUCCAGCUCCAUGGCGCCAUCUAUGGGAGUGGAAUCUAUCUAAGCCCAUUGUCAAGCAUUUCCUUUGGUUACUCAGGGAUGAAUAAAAAGCAGCAGAAAGUUUCUUCGAAGGAUGACAUGGCAGCAAGUAACAAGACCAACAUUAACUUGCAGUCACAGAAGAAGGGACACCAGCCGCAGUUCCUGCAGAGUCGGAACCUGAAGUGCAUAGCCUUAUGCGAAGUUAUUACUUCCCCUGAUCUGCACAAGCACGGCGACAUCUGGGUGGUACCAAACACAGACCACGUCUGCACCAGAUUUUUCUUUGUUUAUGAGGACGGACAGGUUGGUGACACAAGCAUCAACACACAAGAUGCCUGUAUCUACAGGGAGAUCCUGCGCGUGAUUGGCAAUCAAACUGCCACCGGGUGAAGACGACCAAUGCAAUACCGCUGCCUGGCCACGCCCCCUUCAGUCUCAAAGCUGGCUUUUGAGCUGAAGACGUGAAUCUAACGUGUUUUGUCAAAACCCAACGACAUUGAACAAAUUUGCAUACAUUUGAAAUCUUAACAGCUACACUAUUUAUACCCCUGGUGUGACCACAGGUAUUUACGUGGAAAAUAUGUAGCAAACAGUUUAGAAAGAAUCAUUUUGCAAUGUUUAUAAAUAAAGGAAAAAUACCAUUUUUCAGGAACUUCCAGUUUGACAGAUGGACUACUUAACUUUUGUAGUUAAAAUUGAAAUUGGUAUUACACUUUGGCAAAAGUUUGAGAAUUCUGGCAGACGUUGGGCCUUUGCAGGUAACUUUGCUAUUCCUGUAUAAUAAGGUGCCAUCAGACCUUGUUUACUAAGUGUUGUACAUUUUUAAUUUACAAUGUAUUUUCUGUAUACUGAAGGUGUUAAAAUGCACUUUAAACUUUUAUUGUACUAUAUGUUUCAACUUAAUCGUCAUCUGAAAAUGCCUUUUUCCAUCUUAAGCUUCGUUUAUGGGAAGAAAAAUAAAAAAAACAUUGGUGUUAA